CUCGACCGCCACCGCCCGCGCUCUCUCGACGGUCACGUGAUCGCGCCCGGAACGGCGCGCGACCCACGCGCAAUCGCAUUUAAGUUGCUUCCGCGACCCGCGCUACUGUCAGUUUCGCUGUCACCUGCGAUUGCGGUGGUUGUGUAUCUGAUUAAGCACGCACAGGACACAGUUUUUUAUUCAUAAAAGCGACCUUGAAAAAUAUCCGACGGAGAGUGAGCGGGAUAAAAAGAGAGAAAAAACGAUAGAGAACGGAAGAGACUCGGGAGCUCUCUUCUAGUAGCGGCGCUUAUAUAACCGAGAGACUGAGGCCCGAGGAGGAGACGAGGAAAAGCCAAGAGAACGACGUGUGAGUGUCAGCUGCUGUGAGCGAGAGUGAGCGAGCGAGCGAGAGAGAGAGAGAGAGAGAGAGAGAGAGAGAGAGAGAGAGAGAAACGUGAAGUCGCGAAAAUCCGGCGGAGAUUUCCAGAAACACAAAUUUCGCGUGAAAAUUGCACAAAGUUGUCCCUUGGUAUUUUUAGAUCGCACUUUAAAGCCUGGAAGCUAUUUGAAUCUAGAACCGAGCGUUUUACAAAAAAAAUUUCCUGGAGAAAGUAUUCCGAUACAGAGAAAGAUCGAGAGAAGAAAGAAUAAGUAAAGUAGCUAGUGCGAGCGAGCGCGCGCGCGAAGGAGAGAGAGAGAGAGAGAGAGAAAGAAAGAGAGAGAGUUUCACGUAUCCAAAAACGGACGCGGGCCUACGGGUCCAGAAAAUGGACUCGCCUGUCAUCGUGGACGCAGCAUCCAAAUUCGGACGAGGGAUCGAUCUGGAGCGCUCGUUCCCCGGUUUCCCGUUCGACGACGACGAGGACAGCAGCUACAGGAGGCAUCGCAGCGACGGCAUCCGCGCUCAUCUCGAGAAUCUCGCGUUGCGCCAUCCCGAGUUUGCCGAGUUCCUGCUCGGUCCACCUUGGAAUAACGCGCCCUUCCACGACUACUCCCCGCUGCACGACCGCCGUCGGCGCCGUGGUUCCGGUAGCAGCAACAGUGGCCAGAGUUCUCAAGGUUACCAAGCAGACGAAGACACACGCAGCCAAACGAGCAGUAACAGUGCCGCGAGCGGCGCGAGCGGCGCGAGCGCCGUCAGCUCGAAUAGUGGCGAGUGGAAUUCUUCGGUGCCGACGUCGUCUAUAUCGCAGUACGGUCUCCGCAACACGGUGGAUAUAGGUCAACAACAACGACGCGACAUGGAGAACCCCGAGAAGGGUGCCGAGCGCGGCCAGCGCUCAAUGUCGGCGCCGCCGGAGAAUCGGCAACAGCAGCAAUUUGAGGAGCAGCAGCAGCAACGGCAAUCACGGAAGCAGUAUAAACAUCCGCACAGUCCAAGGUUCGUAACUCGCGUGGACAUCACACCGCAGCAUAAUCGGAAACGCUCCCAGUCGCCUAAGCAGCCGCCACCUCCAUCGUCGUCGACGCCCAGCAACGUCAGGCACAUCCCCAUCUUCGUGGAGGGUCGUGAUAAGCCUGUAUUGCCAAAGAUUACAGACGACGACGAGUCAUCACCACCGUCCUUCCACCAGCGACAGACGUCGCCGCCGCCGCCGCCGCAGUUUCACAGAUCGUCGCACUUCAACGACCACUUUACACGGCAGCAGUGGCCACCGUCACACUUCCAGAACACGUUCUAUGACCAAGGCUUCGAGCAGCCUAUGCGACGCCGCGACAACCAACAGCAGCACUCGCCGCAUCGUCAGCAUCAUCAACAUCAUCAGUAUCAUAAACAUCAUCAGCAGCCUCAGUACUGUGACCAGCAACCUCAGCAGACCCACUACUACAAUAAGCAACCGCAGCAGCAGCAUUAUAACCAGCAGCCGCCUCAACAAGCACAUAAUGAACAACAGCAGCAGCAGCCGCUGCCGCAACAGCAACAGGAAACGCCUAAACCAAAGCCUCCGGUGCCAAAGGAUCCUCUGGAAAGAGUCGCUCAAGUGCAGAAGGAAGUGGACGACUUGGCCGAGCAGGUACAACGUUACGUCGGCGGCUCUCGACAAGACAAGAAAUACGUUUAUCUGGACGAGAUGCUGACGCGCGAACUGAUCAAGCUGGACGACAUUGAGACAGAAGGUAGGGAGAAUGUGCGGCAGGCGCGCAAGAACACCAUUAAGAGUAUACAGAAUACAAUCAGUCUUUUGGAGACAAAGGCGCCUCUUGCCGGACAGCAGGAGCAGAUGUGCGCAGAAGAAGAGUGCGCGGCAAAGGAUCAACAAGAGGGAGUUCCGCAAACCGAGUUCAUGGAGGUGGAUCCAAAGCAAGAGAAGCAAAGCAACGAGCCGAUUCCGCUUCCCCCGGCACCAUCGUCGCCUACAAAGACGAAAGUAGAAUCUUCGGAUAAAGAAAUUGGUGCAGCAACUAUCUCCGAGCCCGCGAAUCAAAGUGUCAUGGCUACCAAGCAAGAUAGCGAACGGACCGAAGUGACUGCUGAGCAGAAAACCGAGGAGAAUCGCUCUGCGGAAAGCACAGAAGCCGUUGUCGCUCCGACGGCGACGAACGAGUCAGUGCGCGCGGACGAAACGAGUGAAAACUUGUCGAAGUCGAACGACGGCGAAAACGUGGAACGAAAGAACGGCGACGUAACGCAAAUGACGGAAAAGAGUGAUUCGACGACGACGACAGCGACGACAGAGGCGACGACGGUUGCAGCUCAGCAGCCGCAGACGGUCGAGGAAGCGAAGGAAGAUGGAAAGACGGCAAUGGACAGGCAACAACUGAGGCUAUUGAAGAAGACGAAGAAAACGAAGAAGCAGCAGCAGCAGCAGCAGCCGGUGUCGGAGCAAGCAAUUCCGUUACCGCCGCCGCCGCCGCCGACGGAGAGUGCGAAGUAGAUGCGAACACGGAACGUUCAAGUGUUGUAAUCAAAUGCCUAAGAAAAAGCGAAGCAAAAAAGAAACAAUUUGAACAAUUUGAGAGUCAGCGAACGAGAAAUGGAAAGAAGGAGAAAGAUAGAGAGAGGGGGGGGGGAGAAAAAAGAAAGAAAGGAAGGUUAAAUGGAAAGGAAUGUGAGAGAAGCAAUUUCGUUGGGUCGCGAAAAAAAAGCACACGACAACGCAGAUGAUGCUCGUCGAAGACCAUUGAUUUACCGAAUUGCGCGCGCGCGCGUAAAAUGGUUAAGCGAGUGUGCAUACGUGU